AUGCGGUGCGCAAACAAGGCUGCUGAGAGAGCGUCUGCACGUCUCUGUGCAGACGCCGUAGCAGAAACCGCUGCAACCGAUUUGUCAUCGGUUGCUAAAGCGUCUCAGCCUGUAUCACAUGGUGAUGCAGAAGCUCGUCAUGAAGACACUCAUGUCUUCACAGAGUAUGAGCUUGGUGUCUCAUACUCUCCUGAUACGGAAGACGGAUCCGUAUCGACGGCGAUCAAAACCAAGCCGCCUGCCAAGCGUGGCAUGGAUGAUGCUGCGCUUUGUAGCAUCUUUGGUUCAUCUGACGAAUCAGAUGAACCAUCGCCAAAUACUUCUGUCGGCACGUCGCAAGAAGAGCGGGACCGCAGUGUGUUGCGUCUCGAUCCCGAGAAGAAGGCAUGGAUGCCUCCUAAAUCCGUCAUGGAUCACUUGUCGGCGACGACGAGUGAUCGCUAUCGAACACGAUUAUUCGAUUCGUCAAGGAUCCAUCACCUUGACCCCAGCGCGAAAGACUAUCACACUGAGAAUGAAUUCUUCAUCGAUGCUUUCUUUAUACAUCGAUGGUACAGUGGGAAUCACAAACGUGAUGGUCCCUCACUGCUUCAGGCGUGGAACGCCUACAUCCAUAACCUCGAGGAUGUAGGUCGUGACGCUUGGAACGACAAACUUAUCAAAGCUCGUGAUAAGUUUGAAAAGCGAACCCCGACAGGUGCACGCUACAAGCUGCAUCGCCUGUCAAGGGAGAAAGGAUUACCCUGCCUCUACUGGGGAGACUCGUGCCCAUGUUGUGUGAACAACUCUGCGCGCGCACCUAAGGAGGCUUACCUCCUUGACCAGCCCGUGGUGGCGCGCACGUAUGUCUACUGUGAGAUGUACGAAGGGAUUGACAACCUGAAAUCCCUUUACGACCGUGCCGGGAAGACUUUCUCCGGCGGUCCUUCUGCGGCACAGGAUGUGCCGCGUCGUACUGCUCAACCAGACCCAGUACGUCAAUCAUCAGUCGGAAGCGGGGCUCCCAAGAAUCCCAGGACGGGGGAUAGCCGCGCCACCGGACGAGAUAACUCGUCCGACGUCCGUUCACGUCGCGGUGGUUCAACAGCUGCUCAACUAGAUAGCGCUGGCCACCGCGAGAGUCCUCUAAUGGAGGUGGAGGAGGAGGAAAGACGCUCUCCACACGAUCAUGGGGAUCGGUGUGUACCCGAGAGCUUCUUUGAUCGCGUAACGCAAGGGUUACGCGACGAUCUCGAACAUGAGCGGAAUAGGCGUCUCCAAAUGGCGGACACUGCCUCGAAGCAUCGAGCUGAGUUUGCCUUUGCUCAGCUUGAGAACGAGAGAGCUCUGACAUCUCUUCGUGACGAGCUAAGGGUAGCUUGUGUGGAUAUUGACCGGUCUCGGGAUGAGAUAGCUGCUCUCCAGACCCUUGUUGAUGCCCAACAUCGGGAGCACAAGGCUCUCUGCGAGAUGCUUGAGCGCAAGGAAGUUCUUCAUCGGAAGGUGCAGCGUACUGAUGGUAUGGCUUAA